AUGACCUGGAUCCACAACGCCAACCUGCGCAUUGCGCAGAGUCCUCCCAAGGAGCGCAAGAACUCGUACUUCUUCACCGAAAUCCGCGCCGGUCUAGCCACCUUCUUCGCCAUGGCCUACAUCAUCUCCGUCAACUCCACCAUUAUUUCCGAGACUGGCGGCACCUGUGUGUGUCCGGCAGAGAGCAUGGCCGAUUUGUGCGAGACCAACGACGAAUACAUGCUGUGUGUGCAGGAGGUCAAGCGCGAUCUCGUCACUGCCACUGCUGCAAUCUCCGCCCUGUGCAGCUUCUGCAUGGGUCUCUUCGCCAAUAUGCCAAUCGCCCUGGCUCCCGGCAUGGGUCUUAAUGCCUAUUUCGCCUACACCGUCGUCGGCUACCACGGCUCCGGCCUCGUUCCCUACAAGGUAGCGCUUACCGCCGUCUUCGUCGAAGGUUUCGUCUUCGUGGGCCUCACAAUCUUCGGUCUCCGCCAAUGGCUUGCCCGUGCCAUCCCCGCCUCCAUUAAGCUCGCUACCGGGGUCGGAAUUGGUCUAUACCUGACUCUGAUUGGCUUGACAUACUCUGCCGGUAUUGGCGCAGUCGUUGGUGCGACAUCUACGCCCCUGGAGCUUGCUGGCUGCGAGUCCCAAUUUCAGGACCCGGACACUGGACUCUGCCCUUCGUCGGAAAAGAUGCGCAACCCUGCCAUGUGGAUCGGCAUAUUCUUGAGCGGCUUCAUGACGGUCAUUCUGAUGAUGUACCGCGUCAAGGGCGCCAUCAUCAUUGGCAUCCUGCUUGUUUCCAUCAUCAGCUGGCCCAGGCCCACUCCCGUUACGUACUUCCCGUAUACCGCGACCGGAAACAGCUCCUUUGAUUUCUUCAAGAAAGUCGUCACUUUCCACCCCAUCAAGCGCGUGCUUGACGUGCAGGAGUGGGACAUUUCCCAGUACGGUGGUCAAUUUGGCCUUGCCUUCAUUACCUUCCUCUAUGUCGACAUUCUCGACUGCACUGGUACCAUGUACUCCAUGGCUCGCUUCUGCGGCGCCAUCGACGAGAGGACUCAAGAUUUUGAGGGCAGCGCGAUUGCCUACUUGAUCGACGCUUUCGGUGUCUCGAUUGGUGCCCUUUUCGGCACCUCCCCCGUCACUGCUUAUAUCGAAUCCGGUGCUGGUAUCUCCGAAGGUGGUGCGACGGGCCUCACUGCCAUGGUCACGGGUCUCUGCUUCUUCAUUUCCAUCUUCUUCGCCCCGAUCUUCGCGUCGAUCCCUCCCUGGGCUACUGGAUGCACGCUGAUCAUCGUGGGUUCGCUCAUGGCCAAGGCUGCCAAGGAUAUCAACUGGGGUUACCUCGGCGAUGCCGUGCCUGCUUUCCUGACGAUUGCCAUCAUGCCUUUCACCUACUCCAUCGCCGAUGGUCUGAUUGCCGGCAUCUGCUCCUACAUCCUCAUCAACACUCUUGUUUGGCUCAUUGGGCUGGCUUCAGGCGGCCGUCUUCAGCCCGCCGACAAGGAUGUCAAGGACCCCUGGACGUACAAGAUCGAGGGUGGCAUCUUCCCUCCGUGGCUCAUGCGUGCCGCUAGGGGCAAGAAGGACUUUUGGCGCCGGGAUGAGGGAGAGGGCGUCGUUGAUGGUACGCAUCGGUCCUCGAGUUCGCUGGAGGCUGGACCCACGGACAAGGUUUCUGAGACGGAUCAUCCCAAGGCGUGA